CGCGGGGAACGCGAUGUUCGUGCGUGACACCUAGCUGGAGCGCGAGCCCGGAACCCCGGAGGUGGCCGCGGUGCAGGAGGAGGGGGGCGCGGUGGGAGGAGUGCGACGUGGGGAAGGGGGAGACGCCAGAACUGUCUUCCAGGCUCCGGAAACCCACGUCUUUCAUCCCCCGCUGUUUUCGAGUUGCAAGUGAUCAGGGGGCUGGUGGACGGCGGGCAGCCUGUGGUGGUGUCGCCGGGAAGUCGAUUUCCACCUCCCAGGCGCUGGCUCGGGCCGUGCCUUCGGGAAGGGGAAGGGGGCAGCAGGAGGGAGGAGGACGCGGUGCGCGGAGCUCGUGAGGCUGCGCUCCCAGGAAGCCGAGCAGAGGGAGGGCGCGGGCACCGAGCCCUGAGAGCGAGCGAGCGAGCGGCGUCCGUCCUCUCCCAGCUGCCGGCGCGCUCACCUCCAGCUGCGCCCGCCUGCUUGCACCGCACUGCAUCCUGUAACACAUUGUUGAAACUGCAGACAUCCACGGCAGUUCCACGUGGACAGAUUGUAUACUUUGACAGCUGUAGGUAUUUCAUCAUGAAGUACACCAUGCGGAAUCUUUGAAGCAUACAAUUCUGCCCAGCACCCUAAUAAAGAAUCCCUAGCCUGGUAUGUAAGAGAGCUCCUCGUGUCCGCCAUGACAAACCAGGAAAAAUGGGCCCACCUCAGCCCCUCAGAAUUUUCACAACUUCAGAAAUACGCCGAGUAUUCUACGAAGAAAUUAAAGGAUGUUCUUGAAGAAUUCCAUGGUAAUGGCGUGCUUGCAAAGUAUAAUCCUGAAGGGAAACAAGACAUUCUUAACCAAACAAUAGAUUUUGAAGGUUUCAAGCUAUUCAUGAAGACAUUUCUGGAAGCCGAGCUUCCCGAUGAUUUCACUGCACACCUUUUCCUGUCAUUUAGCAACAAGUUUCCUCAUGCUAGUCCAAUGGUAAAAAGUAAGCCUGCUCUCCUUUCAGGUGGUCUGAAAAUGAAUAAAGGUGCCAUUACUCCUCCCCGCUCUUCUCCUGCAAAUUCAUGCUCCCCGGAAGUAAUCCAUCUGAAAGACAUCGUGUGCUACCUGUCUCUCCUGGAAAGAGGAAGACCUGAGGAUAAACUUGAGUUUAUGUUUCGCCUUUAUGAUACGGAUGGGAAUGGCUUCCUGGACAGCUCGGAGUUGGAAAACAUCAUCAGUCAAAUGAUGCAUGUUGCAGAAUACCUUGAAUGGGACGUCACUGAACUUAAUCCAAUCCUUCAUGAAAUGAUGGAAGAAAUUGACUAUGAUCAUGAUGGAACGGUGUCUUUGGAGGAGUGGAUUCAAGGAGGAAUGACAACAAUCCCACUUCUUGUACUUUUGGGCUUAGAAAAUAAUGUGAAGGAUGAUGGACAGCAUGUGUGGCGACUCAAGCACUUUAACAAACCUGCCUACUGCAAUCUCUGCCUGAACAUGCUGAUUGGCGUGGGAAAACAGGGCCUGUCCUGCUCUUUCUGCAAGUACACAGUCCAUGAGCGUUGUGUGGCUAGAGCGCCUCCCUCUUGCAUCAAGACCUAUGUGAAGUCCAAAAAGAACACUGAAGUCAUGCACCAUUACUGGGUUGAAGGCAACUGCCCAACCAAGUGUGACAAGUGCCACAAAACAGUAAAAUGUUACCAGGGCCUGACAGGACUGCAUUGUGUCUGGUGUCAGCUCACACUGCACAAUAAAUGUGCUUCUCAUCUAAAACCUGAAUGUGACUGUGGACCUCUGAAAGACCAUAUUUUACCACCCACAACAAUCUGUCCAGUGGUACUGCAGAAUCUGCCCACUUCAGGAGUUUCGGUUCCUGAGGAAAGACAGGCAACGGUGCAAAAGGAAAAGAACGCCUCGCAACAGCCAAACAAAGUGACCGACAGGAACAAGAUGCAGAGAGCCAACUCUGUGACUGUGGACGGACAAGGCCUGCAGAUCACUCCUGUUCCUGGUACUCAUCCGCUGUUAGUUUUUGUGAACCCCAAAAGUGGUGGGAAGCAAGGAGAAAGAAUUUACAGAAAAUUCCAGUAUCUACUAAAUCCUCGUCAAGUUUAUAGUCUUGCUGGAAAUGGACCAAUGCCAGGGUUAAACUUUUUCCGUGACGUCCCUGACUUCCGAGUGCUAGCCUGUGGUGGAGACGGAACUGUGGGCUGGAUUCUGGAUUGCAUAGAAAAGGCCAAUGUUUCCAAGCACCCUCCAGUUGCUAUUCUGCCUCUUGGGACUGGUAACGACCUAGCGAGAUGUCUGCGAUGGGGAGGAGGUUAUGAAGGUGAAAAUCUGAUGAAAAUCCUAAAAGGUAUUGAAACCAGCACAGAAAUCCUGCUGGACAGGUGGAAGUUUGAAGUUGUACCGAAUGACAAGGACGAGAAGGGAGACCCAGUGCCUUACACUAUCAUCAACAAUUACUUUUCCAUUGGCGUGGAUGCCUCCAUCGCACAUAGAUUCCACAUCAUGAGAGAAAAACACCCUGAGAAAUUCAACAGUAGAAUGAAGAACAAAUUUUGGUAUUUUGAGUUUGGCACAUCUGAAACUUUCUCAGCCACCUGCAAGAAGCUACAUGAAUCUGUAGAAAUAGAAUGUGAUGGAGUACAGAUAGAUCUAACAAACAUCUCCCUGGAAGGAAUUGCGAUAUUGAAUAUACCGAGCAUGCACGGAGGAUCCAAUCUUUGGGGAGAGUCUAAGAAAAGAAGAAGCCAUCGACGGAUAGAGAAAAAAGGUUCAGACAAAAGGACCACACUCACGGAUGCCAAAGAGUUGAAGUUUGCAAGUCAAGACCUGAGUGACCAGCUGGUGGAAGUAGUUGGCUUGGAAGGAGCCAUGGAAAUGGGGCAAAUCUACACAGGGCUGAAAAGCGCUGGCCGUCGGCUGGCCCAGUGCUCCUCGGUGGUCAUCAGGACCAGCAAGUCUCUGCCGAUGCAGAUCGAUGGGGAGCCGUGGAUGCAGACCCCUUGCACGAUAAAAAUUACACACAAGAACCAAGCCCCGAUGCUGAUGGGCCCUCCUCCAAAAACUGGGUUAUUCUGCUCCCUCGUCAAAAGAACAAGAACCCGAAGCAAAGAAUAACCCCCCCUCGUUUCAUUCUUAGAAAUCCAAUUAGCAUAAUUGGGCCAUAGAACACUUGUGCUGGAAAUCUUCGAACCAUUUCAAGUCUCCUGCUCAUGCAAAAUCAUGGAAUUGGUUUAACAAGUUUUUGUUACUGAGCUAAUGUGAAAUUCAGCUAUUAGAAAAUUUAUUGUCUCAGUUUCUAUAGGCAGUUUGCAUGAAGAAAGCAAAAGUUUACAUGAAGUAAUAUUGCAUAUUUUUGUUGCAUGCAUUCCCUUAGAUUUUUAUGUCUCCCACCCACAUGUUACCCAAUUCCCAUUUACUAAACUGUGAGAAAAAGCUGUGAAACACAAAAAAGGAAAUACCAUGGGAGAUGUGAUUCUUGGUGUGAUUCCAAUUAUUAAUAAGCACUAAUCAAUAAUGCUACAAUGAUCCUGAUUACAGAUUGCUAUACUUUUCCCUUUUAGAACCAGUGUAACAAUGAUUUUUGAUCUAUGACUCGAGGAUAAACUUUUAACUCAAACAUUUUAUUAAAUAGUUGUCUAUGAUAUAUUGCUAUAUAUAAAUAGUUUUUCUUCAACAUCUAAAUUCUUCUGAGUGGAAAUUGAAAUACCAGGUAGAAGACUUACUUGUGCUUAAAAACAGAAAAUGGUUUUUAUUUUGUUGAGUUUGGUCUUUAAUUCCAAAAAAUUAGUGAAAAUAAGUUCCUUGGCAGUAAAGUGUGAUAAUAAGACAAGCCUUAUUCCUUUCUGCAUGAGAAUCUAGAAGAAAAUUCACAAUCAUGCCAGUAACCAAAUAGAUGUUUUAAACUAUGUGCCUAAUUCAUGUGUUUCCCACCAAAGAUUCAGGAAAAGAUGCUUGAGAGAAAUGGGUUAAUGCAUAAUUAAUUAGCAUUGAGAAGAUUUGUGGAUCUUAUGAUUAAUUUUGUGACAAUUAAAAUGCUGGAAGACAUUUACCUAUUUAUUAUUAUUCUCCCCUUUCACAGACAAUGGUUCAUACAACACAAUCUAAGCUCCAUAGCUGACUUGGUUAUUUGGUUCUCCACAAAUCGAGGUGUCUGUAAUCUUUAAUGUAUCAGUUAAGUGUACUUGAUGAAAGUGAAUGGUUGUAUCAUUUCCCUUCUAGUAUAAAUUAGUACUGACAAUAAUUUUGAGUUUAUCGAGGGAAAUCAUGCUUGAAAUUAGCCCUUCAUCUCACCUACUCCUCUCCCAUCUCUAUGAUGCUUUGAAUGUUUAUUUGGAAAUAUGUAUGGAAUGGCCUAGAUCACUGUUUCAAUUGUUGAUGGCAUAGUUGGAAUCUCUGAUUGUAUAAAGAAAUGAUGGAAUUAUUACUUUUCCUAAUGUCUCAUUAAGCCUAUGGUAUAAAAGGAAAUGCUUUUGAGAAGUCUUGGUAUUGUUCAUUCAUAUUUACCUGCAUCUCAUCAUUGCAUGUUUUAUGUUUUUAAACAUGCCAUAAGGAAAACAAGUUCUUGAAAUGCAUGAUUUAUUAGUUUUUCUCUCCACUCUGCAUUAAAGUGCCAAUGAUUUAUCAGUUCUAUUUUUCUAUUGAUUCAUUCAUCUUUGAAUAACAAAUAGCAUUUAGUGUUUCUGUUGAAUGCGAUCUUGUGCAUGGAUUUAUGGAUUUCAAGUGAAAUUGCUAUAAUUUUAGUUCUUUGGUUUGAAAACUCAACUGAAUACUGCUGUACAAAAUAGCUACUCUCAAGCAAUGUGCUGUAAUGGAAGAUUAUAUAUAAAGCAUAUUCUUUUAGUAUUCCAGGAACAUUGGAUGGUAAAUAUCAAUCAACAGUAAGUUUUAUUGUUUUAAAAAUGAAAGCUUUUGAAUAUUAUUAAAACAUAAUUUAGCAUUCCCAGGAAAUUAUGAUUACAAUCGCAAAUUUAGUACAGCGAUCCCUUGGUGUAGUAUAAUAACAAUAAAUAAAAAGUUAUUAUUUGGCAGAAUACUAAUCUAGACCAAAAGAAAUCUCAAAACAGUAACAAGUGCAUUACUGACAUAAUGUUACAUAGCAUGCAUUGAUUUUUCUGUAUCUAUGGUUACAGGUAAUAAAUAUUUUCACAUGAAUCGACAAAUUUUUCUACAAUGGGCAGGCAGGCUUUGUGUCACAAACAUAUUUUGAAGCCACCAAUUAUUUUACAUUCAGUACAACAUACAAUUAUUUCUUGGCUACAUUUAACAGUAUGUAGUUUGAAGGCAGCAACAGUUUGUGAGUCAUUUUUAACACUCUGUGCACUCCAAAGCAUUUGGAUAGACAAUGAGGUGAGAAAAAUUAAACAACAUGCCUAUACCAUUUCAAUAAUUGAAAUAAUGGGGUGCAGCCUCGCUUCAGCGUAGCUAUAUAACUCUAGUUAGUGCUAAUGGUAGUUACUCACAUUUUCAGUCACUUGGAUUCAUCGGCACCACUAAUAAAUGUUCAAAUAUGAAUCAAAUAUGACUUUUCCCAACUCAUUUUCUAAAGAUACUGACAUGCUUGCCCUUCAAGUACACUACUCCUGGGAUUGAGAAAGUAGUUUUUAAAAACCUACUUUGAUGGUUUUGAAAUCAGAGAAGAUAUUCUUUCUUUUUUUUUAAUGACAGCUUCAUGUGAAGAAUAUAUAUUUUAAGGAAAUUUCUAAAUGGAUAGUUCUAUAGCAUAUUAAAAUACUGAAUAAUGAAUAUUAGCUUUAUAAAAUGGAAACUUUUCUUCUAUGUGUGUGAAUGAGUGUUUAAGUUGAGAGUUGACCUCUUUUAAAUAUAGUACACAGAGUGGUGUAAAAUUUUAACUGGAUGGAGCUCUUAAGUAUAAAUUAACACUGAAGGUCAGAGGAAAGGGGCAAAAAGAUAUGCAUUCUGGUACACACUGCCAGAUACUGUUUGUGAAUAGGAGUUCCAUGGUGAUAACCCUAGAUUCACACACUAUUAAGAAAUAGGAAUGGAGAUCUCUAUGUAAACCCCCAAAUUUUAAAAGUUGUGAAUGUGUUUUCCCACUUUGGUGUCUAUAUAUUGCAUAUUUAAUGUGAAAAGUGCUGGUCAAUGUUCUGUGGUGGAAAGAGAUAUUUCAUAGGAAAUUAAAAGGUUACAUUGUAAAACAGUUUUUAUUUUUAAACAAAUUAUAUUGUGAUAGCAGAAUAAAA